AAUAGAAUACAUUUACCAAACAUAAAACAAAAUGGCUAGAUCAGGUAUUGCAGUUGGUGUCAACAAGGGUCACAAGACCUCCGCUAAGGAAGUCGCCCCAAAGAUUUCUUACAGAAAGGGUGCUCUUUCCCAAAGAACCUCCUUCGUCAGAAACAUUGUCAAGGAAGUUGCUGGUCUUGCCCCAUACGAAAGAAGAUUGAUUGAAUUGAUCAGAAACGCUGGUGAAAAGAGAGCCAAGAAGUUGGCCAAGAAGAGAUUGGGUACUCACAAGAGAGCCUUGAGAAAGGUUGAAGAAAUGAACAAGGUCAUUGCUGAAUCCAGAAAGCACUAAGUGUUUGUAUAAUUUAAUAAAUUCUACGUUUUC